GAAGUGCCAUUAGCAUCUCAAACGCCAAGCGAAAUUCGCGAGGCGCGCGUGAAAAUUAUAUUUUUAAGGAAAAUAACUACUAAUAUAGUACCAACGCUUAUAAAUGCGAGUGCAAAGAGCAGCAAGAGUGGCACACUGCAGUUAUUAAUUGAAUUCAUAUAAUAACGAGCAGUAUAAUAACGGCUAUAUUUGUCUGCUUGCAAUAAAAUUGGGCGCCUUUAUUGGCAAGUGUCUGUGCUUCUCCUCUCAGACUGUGGCUUCUGCAGUGUUCCUUCGCGCGCGUUUAUAAAGUUUUGCCCACGAGUAUAAUAACAAAUUUAACGAGCUCUGCAACAAAUAAGCAAAUAUGCCGAUUUGCAAACGCGACGGUUUCGAUCUCAAUCAAACAGAGGGCAAAAAUGAAACAUUCCACGACAACGACUUGGUCUUCUGCUGCUAUAUUACCAAACGCAUAUUCCGUGAUUAUGAAAACUAUUUUCGACAUGUUAUGGCCAUUAACUCGACGGUGUGGCAGUGCGAAGCUACUGGUAAGGAUGGACUCACCUACGAGGAGGCGGUCAAGAGCGAGCGGGUGGCACGCAAGAAGAUGGAACAGUUUAAACAGAGCUUGCGUGCUCCGGUACUGCUGGUCAUCGAGCAUGCUCGUCAGUCGGCCGUAAAGACGCUCAAUAUAAUGGUGUCCAAGUUUCUGCGCAAACGCUUCUUUCUCAAUGAAGAGGUGACCGUUACGACCAGGAAAAAUGCAGUUUUCAAAGUGGUGGGCAUUAAGGCAGGCGAGCAUGUGCCGGAGCCGGGCAAUGGUAUAUAUGAGGACACCGAGCAGCUGGAAUAUCGUUUGCGUGCACCGAAUGGGGAAGAGAUUAGCGCACCUUUCGAUCAACUGCGACGUCAGCGCGCCGAAUUCAAUCAGGAGAACUUGGCCAUGUUCAUCAAAAACAACGUAGUACGUGUGGAUGGAAUACUGCGUCCCAAACCCGAGACCUACAAACAAUAUGUGACCGACGCUAAUGCGCACUUUUCCAAAAUAUUUAUCGGCAAAAUGCCGCGCUAUUCGCCGGCAAAAAUCAAACGACCCGAGGCUAAGGAUACCAAAAAACAAUCAACGUUGAACAAAUACAUAGUUAAGGGAGAGGAGUCGCCAGCCAAGAGCAAAGUGGACGCCGAGGUCCGAGCCAAAUUGCUGGCCGAGGAAAUGGAACGGGUGCGGCUCGAGAAGAUAGCCAAAUGUGCGGAGAUGGAGCGAAAGAAGGCGGAGAAAAAGGCUGAGCUGAUGUUGCGCGUGGACCAAGAAUGCCACGAACUAACGGCUAAGACAGACGACCUGGAACGCAACGAUCAGUUGGUGUUGCCCACAUAUCAUCCAAUUGUCACAUUCUUACCAGAUCAUCUUUUGGGUGAUGCAUUUAUGUUACGCGAAUUUAUGCACACCUAUAGCGGACUGCUCUCCGGCGUAGAGGUUUUCCGCCAAAAUCUGAGCUUCUACGAGAUGUCGCGCGCGUUUAGCGCCCGUGAAGUGGCUGGUCCACUCUCUGAUAUACUGCUCGUGCUUCUGGGCACAAUCUUUGAUCUGCAAAAGGAGGAGGAGGAGGAGUGCCCGGUUAGGUACUCGGUGGGACGGAAACCCUUCACGCGCGAGCCCUACAUCAGCAUGUCGAAUGCCUCGCACACGCAGCACUACUGUAAGCGACACUUCUCCUUCAAUCUGAACGAGCUGCCAAUGGACGCGCUCACCCUGAGCGAGGUUCUGCGCCUGCAUCUGUUGGCCUCCGGGGCGUUCGUGCAGGAGAGGCCCGAAAAGUGGCGGAUUAUGUACCGCAAUGGGUAUUCCUCAAUCGAGGAUCCAGGUCUCCACUUACGCUUGAAACACACUCACAUUCUGCGUGCCCUUAGAACGCAAUCGAUUGUUCAGCUCGACUUUGUGGAUAUUAUGCGUGUGAUCAACUGCUUGAUGGCGCAGAUCUUGACCUAUUCCGGCACCAUCAAUGUCAUCGAGGAGCGUAUGGAGCGCACGGCGAAGGCAAAGAGUGAUCUGCGCGCCCUCGUCAUUACGGAGAACAAGCGUCUGGCCGCCGUCGAGAUGGCCAAACGCAAGCUAACCAAUGAGCACAAUCAGCAGUGCCUCUCGGACGACAUCAAGCAGGACGCGGAGAAGAAACAGGCGCUGGCCGAACAGCUGAAUCGACGCAUAGCCGACUUGACAGCGCAGUCGGAUCGGGAGCAGCGCAAGCAUGAGUAUCAGGUGCUCAAACUCCACUCGGAGCUGUUUAACUUCUUGAUAUAUCUAGGCACGGAUCGGUGCUACCGCAAGUACUAUGUUCUGGAGUCCAUGCCUGGCAUUUUCAUAGAGCAUAUGCCCGAUACCAUGAUGGACACGUGCUUGGCCCAGCCGCCGGUGAAUAAGUCGCCCGCAGAGCUGCGCAAACAGGCGCAGCUGCCAAAGGUGCGUAAGGAUUUGCGCAUCUAUUUGGUGAAGCUCUAUAGCGACGAUGAUAAGAAGAAACGCAAAUCCAAUACCAAGCAGUCCCUGGAGAACAAAGAGAACCAGGAGAAUCGGCUCAAUGGCCACGGCCCGGGCCCAUCGGCGGAGAGCAUGGAAAUCGGUGGCGGGGAAGACGAGGAGCAGGCGCCGCCCACUCAAUUCGAGCUGCUCAUGUGCAGUGGCGAUAUCUCCAACUGCAUUGUUCACAGCGAGCAGCAUCCGCAGCGAAAGGUCUGGUCGUAUAUAUAUCAGCCCGAAGAGAUCGAUGCAUUGCUCAGAUCCCUGAAUCCACUUGGCUGGCGAGAGUCUGAGCUGCUCGAUGAGCUCACCCAGAUGCGUUCGCUAAUCGAACAGCAUGUGAAAAACUGUCCGCUGGACCUGCUCACUCUGGACACUGAGAAGAAGCGGAACAAGUUCAUGAGCGCGAUGCACUCGGAGACGCAGCGAAAAUACAGCCAGGCUAACUUUGGACUUCCUGAGGGCACAGAGCUCAACGAGGUGUUGCGUCUGCAUCUCGUAGAUUGCAUUCUGCAGUUGGAGACCGACAUCUACACCGGCGACCUGGGCAAACUGAAGGUCAAGGAUAUGGAGCGAUGGCGACAGCAAUUGCUGGACGAUAACUUCGAUGCCCAGACUAAGCUCCAGUGGGGGCCUGGACAGAUCUCCAGCGAGGCGGGAGAGGUGGACUCGGACAAUGAAUCGCACGAGGAUUACUAUGAUCAUGAUGAUGAUAUUAAGGAUGCCCAUAGUCAAUAUACAAAGAAGAGAUAUGGCAAGUUCACCGAUCCGGGACAAUGCAUUCUCGAUGGCGAGGACACAUCCUCCGCAGAGUCCCAGGCCCAGCAAACCCAGGUGCGAAAUCUGGCCAGUGCCCUGCUGCAAGUGGAACAGGCAAUCGGGCGUCGUUUCCUAAAGGAGCCAUUUGGCGUCACCAAGAAACGCCAAGACGCCAAGCUGGAGCACCAGAAGUUCAUCAGCGAGCUCAAUUUGUACCAGUGGGAAAUAUCUCUGAUGGAGAGCACUAGCUAUUCGCAGAUAUUCUUACAUCUGAGCAUUCUGCACGAUUCCAUACUAUGGAACCAUUCCACGAGCAAGUCGCUGUGCAAGGUGUGCCGGCGCCGAACCGACCCGGAGAAGAUGCUGCUCUGCGACCAAUGCAACGGCGGCACUCACAUGUUCUGCAUGAAGCCAAAGAUGCGCACAGUGCCGGAGGGCAACUGGUAUUGCCACACCUGUGUCAAGAAUCUGGGCCUGACGAAUGCCACAGAUGACAAGCAGCAGGAGCAAAAUAAGCGCGUGCCUAGAAAGAAGCGCAAGUUCAUUGUGGACGAGGUGGAUGAGGAUGUCGAUGAAGGCGUUGCCGAUAAUGAUGAGGACGAGGGCAACGAGGACGAUGAAGAAGAAAACAUUGAAGAAAAUGAGCUCAGUGACGAUCCGGAAAGCGUGGCUUCUUCAACAUCCGCCAAGGCUAAAGCCAAAGUGGCUGUGCGCUCCAGCGGACGUCGCAGCAGCCGGCGACUUAAAUCCAAAGAAAUCGAAGAUGCGGUCGCGGAGGAUGAAGACGAGCAGGCCGAAAAUGAUUCGUCUGUGGAGGCAGAUGAGAAUGACACAGAGGAAGAAAACGAUGAGGAACAAACCGAGGAGGAGGCGGUUUGCCAGAUCUGUUUCUACGACGGCUGCGAAGUGUGCUGCUCCCGCUGCUCCGAGUGGUAUCACCUGGAAUGUGUCAAGCUAAAGCGUCAGCCCCGCACGGACUUCGUCUGCAAAAAGUGCAAGGGCAACGAAACAUCGCGUACUCGACGUCGUCCCAGUCAUGCUGAUGGCGAUGCCGAUGAUGGGGAGGAUCAUGAGGAGCCGCAAGCCAAACGUUCUCGUUCCUCACGUAACUCGCUCCGGAUUUCGCUAGACAAGUCUUCAAACAACAAUAAUAAUAACAACAACACCAGUACCAACAACAACAAUCGUCGUUCGGGCCGACGCGCCAAUGACAAUCUGCCACUAAACAGCGCCGCCUUAUACGAUCUGCUGGAGCAGACAAUGAAGCACCAGGCGGCGUGGCCUUUCCUGCGACCAGUGCUGCCCUCCGAAGUACCAGACUACCAUAAGAUAAUUAAGACGCCCAUGGAUCUGGCCAAGAUCAAGUCCAAGCUAAAUAUGGGUGAAUAUCAAUUGAACGAGGAAUUGCUUAACGAUAUUCAGCUGGUGUUCAAAAACUGCGAUCUUUAUAAUGUUGAGGGCAAUGAGAUUUACGAUGCUGGCUGCAAAUUGGAGCGUUUUGUUAUGACCCGCUGCAAGGAUCUCUUACUGCCGUUCAGACCCAGUGACAUGAACGCCGACGGCAUAUGUUGAGCUGAUUGCUAAGAUCUUGAGGGAUCUAACGUGUACAUUAAUUCAUUAGAUGUAGGCUACAGAAUUGGAUAAAGCGAGCGUACAUUAUUAUUAGACAGUAUUUUCUAGCUUACCGUUAAUCAGUUUAAGACUUAAAGCAUAAUCAGCCGCCUGAUAAAGAACACACAGGCUAUUCGGCCUCCGUUAGUGUAUUUUAUGUUUCUUAUUUACGUGAAUUGCCUCUGCAUUUCAGCAU